CAUCUUCAGUCGACUGCAAGCUCGAGGGGCCGCUCAUCCAUUGGCUCGUCUUUCUCCUUCGGACCUCACCAAGUCUCUACUAGUAUGGAUAUGGGCUUGCGUCCACUCGCGCUCGAUCCAAAUCGUUCUAUGCUCUCUUCGUCGCCGCGCUCUUCUCCUCGCAAGCACCGCCGAGCGAAAGAAAGUGCGGGCCGCCAUCCGCUCGCCAAUGAAACCAUGGACGUGUUCCAAGACAUACGAUACGGCAGUGUACAGGGCGAUAGUGAUGAAGAGGUUGGGAAGGACGAAGAGAAGGAAUGGAGUAUGAUUGACCGCAUGCGGCUAUGGAGGCAUGAUGCACUCAUGCAGCACCUCUACGAAACCGCUGCUUUCUGGGGGGACAAAGUCUUGUCGUGGACGAACGACCCUAACGACGCCUUCUGGCUCGCUCAGACAUUCUUUAUGAGCCAGCAGUAUUCCCGUGCCGAACGGUUGCUCACAAGACCUUUUCCAAUACCCUCGCCCUCCGAUGCCAAAAACGGGAUCAAACAAAAACCAAAAUCCAACGGGUUUGAGUUUGAUUUAUCUGCGGACGUCACAGGCAGAGACAUUGGCAAGGGGAAGGGGAAGGAACCCAGCCUUCCAAUGCCCCGCCUUCCAAUGGGACCAGGCGCAUAUGUCGAAAUGUCGGAAGACCGCAUUCAGAAUGUGUCUCGCUUGGUUGAUAUGAGCAUCGCAUGUCGAUACUUGGCUGCUCAGUGUCAGGUGCGACAAGGUAACUGGAUGGAUGCGACGGAAAUGCUGGGAGAAAGCAACCCGUUUCGUAAUUCAGAACGCAGCGGGCCAGCCGUGCCGAAUGUGGAUGGCGGUAUCAAGGUCGAGGCUUCUAUGUGCCACCUCCGUGGCUUGCUGAUGCUGAAGCUGAACCGUACCGAGCAAGCAAAACAAUGUUUCAUGGAAGCGCUUGCGCUUGAUGUCAAAUGUUACGAUGCAUUCGAUCAGCUUGUCAGUGGGGAAAUGAUGAACCCCGAAGAAGAAUGGUCCUUUGUAUCUUCGCUAGCAUACAAAGCGCAGGAAGCCGCCGAUGCUGACUUCAUUCAGCUCAUCUACACAUCCCGUUUACGGAAGUACACACAUCAGGCGGAGCACGCCGCUACGCGUGCAGCUCUUGUCCGUUCGUUUGGGCUAGCGGACAAUCCCGAUGUGCUCUACAGCUUUGCAGACGCGCUUUAUGCGCAAUUUCGCUGGGCUGAUUGUUUUGUCGUCACCUCCCGGAUCAUCAACCUCACACACAUACAUACACCAUCUAUGCCCCUCCACCUCGCUUGUAUGUAUCAUCUUGCACACGAACGGUCCGCUCUUUUUGUGCUAGCGCAUGAGCUUGUGGACCGUGAACCAGAAAAUCCAAUGGCUUGGUAUGCUGUGGGAAUGUGGUACCUUGGGCAGUCACGUUGGGGGCUUGCGCGACAGUACUUUAGCAAGACUUCCCUAAUGGAUCCUCGUUUUGGUCCGGCAUGGAUAGCGUUCGCACAUACAUUUGCACUCGAAGGCGAGCACGACCAUGCAGUCACCGCAUAUUCCACGUGCGCUCGGAUGUUUGCUGGUUCACACCUGCCCCUUCUCUUUGUUGGGAUGGAGCAGAUCAUGCUAUCAAACCACACGCUUGCUGAAGAAGCGUUGAACGCGGCUCAUGCAAUAUGUGACGCUGAUCCACUGCUUGCCAAUGAACGUGGAGUUAUGGCAUUUACCCGUGGCGAGUAUCAACAAGCCACGGAACUCUUCGAACGGGCCAUCGACCUCGCCAAGGUCACGCAAAGCUCUGAAAAGACCUGGGCGACGACGUACCUCAACCUUGGAACAUGUUACAGAAAAUUAAAGCGCCUCGAAGAUGCAAAAUUGCAAUAUCUACGAGUGCUUGAGAUCGAGCCACGACAUGCCCAAGGAGUCGGGUAUCUUGGCCUAACAUAUCAUCUUCUUAACGAAGUCGGGAAAGCUAUUGAGAAAUACCACGAGGCGCUUUCACUGGAUCCGCUCAACACACACCUCAUCGAGUUGCUCAACCUCGCUCUUGACUCACACGCAUCUACCGCACCGCCUGAUAGACACUAUCCAGGCGGCGAAGAAGAAUUCAAACGUAUGCUUCGACGCUUGAGAGAGAAGUUUGAUCAUGCUGUCGAAGAGAACCCGAGUGAGGGGAACAUGUCUGGGAACACUUCUAUAAUCACCGCGCCGAGUGUCUCGAUGGAGGAUGGUCAGACUCCCGUAGAUGCUAUGACAUUGGGAUGAGGGCAUAGCAUGUUGUCUUACAUUGUUAUGGCCAUGCAUUGGCUUUUAUCCAAACGGUCAUAUCGAACCUGCCAGCAGUCAUGUUCACGCCACUUCGUGAUUCAAUACUGG